AAUUUGCAUCCUCAGCGAACGGACGUGACACGCAGUACCAGAAGCAGGUCCCAAAGCGGAAGUUAACUUGUCGCGUAUAACUGUGGUCUCGAGACUUAACUCGUGCUAGGCGACGACGUCUGCGUCCAAAGACCUUUGUUCAUAUGCGAGCAGAGACUGCAAAGUGUGCCAGAACUAGGUGCAAAGCGAAAGGAAACGGCCAUGACAAAGCUAUUUUAAGGCCCCGGAAACUGAACCGAACUGAAGGCAAAGCAAAAAUACUUGCUGUGUGUGUGUGUGUGUGUGCAUGUGUCCGGACUGAGUCAGCAGCGUGUUGGCUUGGCAAGUGCCGCUUCUAGUCGAAAUCACUUUCGAAAUUUGUUUGUUUCUGUUGUAUUAAAAUGGAUAUUAGAAUGGCGCACAAAAUGUGCAAAGGAAGCGCCCAAUAAGAAAUAGAAGGACAAAAAUUGAGAAAGAACUGCGGCCACAAUGUCGUAAAAAGGGAUUAUUGUGUAUCGUCCUGGCAAACAACUCGCCAGAUCUUCUAAAAAAAAAAAAAUAAAGAACAUAAUAAAAACUUGAAAAUAUUUUCAACACGGCUCAAACGAACUCAACUGCAAAUAAACUCCCACGUGUUAAAUCCCACUAAAUCCUGUUAAAUGUAACAGUAAAAAUUAUAAUAAAAAAAAUAAAUAAAUAAAUAAAAAUGGAUUAUAAUUUAUUCAAAUCAACCCAUGCAUGGAAAAUGUGUGUCAGCUGUAAGCACCAUUAAAAAGCGUGAGACCUGUUAAACAGUGUAAAUGCCGCAACUUUAGAAAUCUCUUUUGUGAAAAACUUUGUCCAUAACUCAUGGAAAAAUAGGGUUUGCGCUAGUUUGGCAUAUGGCACGUGUAAUUUACGCACCUCGCGGUUUACCCAGUGAAUAGUUCAAGUUUUCUCAAUUGGAAUUUAAAACUGGUUCGAUUACAUGCAAAUAUUAUGAUUUAUAGCUAUUAAAUUUAUCAAAAAGUUUCACUAAACUUAAGCUGAGCAUAGAUAAAUUUGGAUGCGGGGAAUUAUAAAGAACUAAAAGUUUAGCAAGUAAUUAAUCAGCGUAAUCCAAAAUCGAACAAUACAAGAAAGUCCAGUAAUAAUCAAAAAUAUAAUGAAUUUAUAGUUUAAAAAAUAGGCGCAAUUUAUAUAGAGCUUAAAGGACAAUAUAAUAAAGUUCAGCAUGAAACUAUAAUAAUAAAAACGCAUAAAAAAAUUAUUAAAUAAUUUAAUAACAAAUAAAAUUAAAGAAAUAAAGAAUUAUGGUAAACUUUCAAGACAAACAACUAUAAUAAUAAAAACGCAUUACAAAAUAAACAAACAAAACUGCGGAAGUUAUCAAAAAGUACGAAAUCUUUGUAGCCAAUCGCCAUAAGUUCCUAUAAAUUCCUUCACGUGUAAAGUAAUCAUAUUAAUAUUGAUUUAUCGCUUGAUUGGCAAAGUGCUUCAAUGAAAAUAAAUCAAAAAUAAAAUAUAACCACAUAUAGAUCCUUUGAAAUUGCGCAGUAACACAGCAAAUAGAGGAAAAUUGCGUGAGAAGGGAAAAACUGUAACUGGCACAAGGUGAAGCAAUAGGAGAAGCAAUGAAAACGCGUUGCGCCAAAGUCAAAGAACGACACAAAGCACAGCCAAAAAAUAUAUAAAAGGCAAGCUGCAAUUUGGUGCAAAGCAGCGGAAGAAAGCGACGAUAGCAAAUCCCGACCCCAGCGAGUUAAUUCAAUAAACCUAUUUAUCUGGGACGCCAGCGACGACUGGGACUUCAACUGGGGAAUAUACACAUUUCGCCCAGAAUGCGAAAGACUUCGCAACCAACAACCAACUGGGCGCACUGCAAUCAGAAUCAGAAGCCAGCAACGUGCCGAGCACUUGGAGACAAUGCUCCAGCGAUGGUUCCGCAAACGAGUCCCCAACGGCGGCAGACGCCGGGCAAUGAGCGCACAAAAUAUGCUGUAAGUGUCGCAGCCGCAAGGCAAUGUGCCAGUGGGACUGCCAGGACCAAUGCCAGGAAGCUGACAACUGCAAAGAUGACAGCCACAGUCUCAGCCCCAGCCUCAACCUCAAGAUCAGACACUGGACAGCGGCGCCAAUUUGUACGCACGGCCAGGACGAUGACUUGGCAGCGCAUCUGGCUGGCAGCCCAGCUCUUUGUGCUGUUUGACUUGGGAAUGCACCUUGUCACCUGCAGCUCAGCCUACGACCAGGUGGUUGCCACAGAGCCGCAGCUAACGACACAGCCGAGAUCCACUUUGGCAGAUAGCCAAAUGACAACACAAAACGAUCUAAUUACGACAGCCCGAAACUCAACAACAUUACUGACAACGAAAAAGCCAGCCGCUGCAGCAGCAGCGACAACAACAGAAAUAACGGCAACAACAGAGAGAGGCCAUAGGAGCACGACCCUGGGCAUGUCAUCAACAGCGCCAACGAUAACAAGGUCUGCGACUAGGAGGCUGGCAGGAGGUGCCGCAGCGGCAACUAAGUCCGCACAAAUUGGGCUAACUACGCAGCCCGCAACGGUGGCUGAAACACAAACAACAAUCGCUGCAACAACAAAAACAACAACAAUGGAAACAACGGCGAUGGCAUCGCUGUUCAUAUCAACAAUUUAUCCGACAUCAACAACAGAGCCUGCGAUGGUUGUCCCAACGGCGACGACGAGGACGACGCUUACGCUGACGGAAACGGAAGCCCGCAACUCCAUUGAAACGGCAACGUCACGGCCAUCGGUUGAAGCGGGGCAGGAGUUGCAGAAGUUGCAGGAGGAUGAGGAGGGAAGGGAGCGGAAAGAGGAGGGGGAAAGUGCGGUGUUGCAGCUUCCUCAUCCGGCCAACACUGAUUCACUGACUAAGGGUUUCUCCAUACCCACGUUUCUGCCGCCGUUUCCAGUGUUCGCGGCCGCUGAUUUGCCUGCAUACCGAGCUGCUGCUGCUGAAGCUGAGGCAGCCGCUGCCGCUGCCGCUGCCGCAGCAGCAUCAACUCCGGCGACGGAGACAGUGACGUUGUCACCGGAGCAGCAGCGACAACAAAUGUUUAAUGAGCAGCACUCGUACUUGGCCUCCCACAAUGGGGAACUGCUGCCGGGGCAGCUGCCGCGCAAAAAUCUGACAAUGCCUGUGCUAAACAUCACGGCUCAGAUGGGAAAUCACGCGUAUAUGCCAUGUCAGAUCCAUCGGCUGUCGGAGAAGCCCGUCUCUUGGGUGCGAUUGCGCGAUGGUCACAUCAUCAGCGUGGACGAGAGCACAUUCAUAGCCGAUGAACGUUUCCAGUCGAUAUACCAGGAGGAGAAUGAUUACACCUGGUCGCUGCAGAUCAAGUACGUGGACGUCAACGAUGCUGGCUGGUACGAGUGCCAAAUGGCCACCGAGCCCAAACUGAGCGCCAAGGUGCAUCUGGAAGUAGUCACGCCCAAGACUGAGCUAAUUGGCGAUCAGAGCCGCUUCGUCAAGGCCGGCAGCAAGGUGGCGCUUCAUUGCAUUGUACGCGGCACACUGGACCCUCCCAGGUAUAUCAUCUGGUUCCGUGGACAGAAGAAGAUAAGUGAUAGCGAUGAGCGUACCGGCUGGUAUACGCAAAUUGAUCGCAAUAUAUUUGGAACAGUGGGCGAUAAUCAAAAUACGAUCGGCUCAUUAAUUAUACCAUUUGUGCGCAAAGAGGACUCCGGGAAUUAUACGUGCCAGCCAGCGAACAGUGUCUCCGUCUCCGUUGACCUGCACGUACUCAGCGGUGAAUACUCCGCUUCGGCUAUCAUGUCCGGCGCAGCAGAGUGUCAACAGCGCAGCACGUUUCUGCAGCUGACGCUGCUGCUCCCGCUGCUGCUGGUGCUGGUGCCGGCGGUGCGGGCAGCGCUGGGAGUGCGUUGGCUGCUGGCCAAGACGUGACUUGUGACGUGACUCGCUUAUUGAGCGCCCAGCCCGGACUUCAAUUAUUUGUAAGCUUUUGCGCAAUAUGCAGUUAUAAGACGUCUUUGUAAAUAGCAGCGGCCCAAGGCGAGUGGACGGGGCGGCGAAUAGAAGGUGCAACUUUCUGUAAUUAAGUUAAAUGUUAGCGCAUACCUGCAUACGCUGUUGUAUGAGUGUGCGCUUGUAUGUGUUGUACAUUUAAAAGAUAUGAACACAAAAUUGAAAACAUAAUAAGCGUAAUAUAAUUAAUUCCUAGACUAAGACAAAUCAAAUUCUGAAAAUAAAUCAAAGAGAUGUUGCCAUUUACAGUUGUGAAACAGAUCAAUAAUUAGAUUAUUGCAAAUCAGCUAAACUUAAAUCUGAAUAAUACACAAAUAAACCCCAAUCAAUUCAUGUAAACUUA